AUGGAGUCGGAAAAGGUCGUGAAAAGUGAAAAUCUCUAUGAAACAUAUUGGCGCUAUUGGCGAUUUUUGGGCGUCGAGGGGGAGUAUCCCUUUCGAAGGUUAUGGGAUCUCACUAUGACCAUAUUUAUAACCAUUCUAUAUCCCGUGCAUCUUAUCCUGGGAAUGUAUGACAAACCGAAGGUGCUUAUCUUCAGGAGUCUGCAUUUCACAAUAGAAUGCCUAUUCUGCAGCUUUAAGUUCGUUUUCUUUCGUUGGAAACUGGCAGAAAUAAAGGAAAUCGAAGGAUUACUCCAGGAUCUGGACAAACGAGCUGGGAGUGAAGAAGAACGCAGUUACUUUAAAGAAAAUCCAAGUCGUGUGGCCAAAAUGCUUUCGAAGAGCUAUUUAGUAGCUGCUAUUUCGUCGAUAAUAACUGCAACUGUGGCUGGCUUAUUUAGCAGUGGUCGAAAUUUAAUGUAUUUGGGUUGGUUUCCUUAUGAUGUGCAGGCCACUGCCUUGAACUUCUGGACCAGCUUUACUUACCAAGCUGUUGGCUCUAGUCUGAUGAUUCUGGAAAACCUGGCCAACGAUUCUUAUCCGCCAAUUACCUUUUGCGUGGUCACUGGACAUGUAAGACUCUUGGCAAUGCGUUUGAGUCGGAUUGGUCAUGAUGAGGAUAUUUCAAGUAAUGAAAAUACAAGCAGGCUAAUCGAAGGUGUACAGGAUCAUAGGAAACUAAUGCAAAUAAUUCGCCUGCUUAGGAGUAUUUUGCACCUUCCCCAACUUGGCCAAUUCCUAUCCAGUGGCAUCAACAUCUCCAUAUCACUCGUUAACAUCCUCUUUUUUGCUGAGAAUAACUUUACAAUGAUCUACUAUGCUGUGUUUUUUGCUGCCAUGUUGAUAGAAUUAUUUCCAAGUUGCUACUAUGGAACUCUGAUGAUGAUGGAGUUUGACAAAUUGCCAUAUGCCAUUUUUUCAAGCAAUUGGAUUAAAAUGGAUAAAGGAUACAACAGAUCCUUGAUAAUAUUUAUGCAGUUAACGCUUAUCCCAGUGGAUAUUAAAGCUGGCGGAAUUGUUGGCAUCGACAUGAGUGCCUUUUUGCCACAGUGCGGAAUGGCCUACUCGUUUUACACUUUGGCGAUGUCUUUUAGAUAG